UUGAAGUACAAUGCUCAGAGGCUUGGCACUCGCGUUUUCCGUGAGCUUCUUCUCAUGCUACCUGACGUCUGUUCCUUCCCUAGCUUCCUCCGAUGGCCAUGGCUUCCUCCAAUGCCUACGGGAGAAGAUACCCAACGAGCUGGUGUACACGCAGAGCUCCAGCAACUUCAUCGACGUGCUGGUCUCCUCCAUCAAGAACCCCAAGUUCUUCAUCAACGCCACGGUGAGGCCGCCGCUCUGCAUCGUGACUCCUCGCGACGCCUCCCAUGUCCAGGCCGCCGUGGUGUGCGGCCGCAGGCAGGGCGUGCGCCUCCGCGUGCGCAGCGGCGGGCACGACUACGAGGGCCUGUCGUACCGCUCGGUGUGGCCGUCCGAGGUGUUCGCGGUGGUCGACCUCGGCGCCAACCUCCGGGCCGUGCGCGUCGACCGGCUCAAGUCCACGGCCUGGGUCGACUCCGGCGCCACUAUCGGCGAGCUGUACUACGCCAUCGCCAAGAACGAUUCCCGGGUCGCGUUCCCGGCCGGCGAGUGCCCGACCGUCGGCGUGGGAGGCCACUUCAGCGGCGGGGGCAUCGGAAUGAUGACGCGCAAGCAUGGCCUCGCCGUCGACAAGAUCGUCGACGCCACACUGGUCAACGCCGACGGGGACCUCCUAGACAGGGCCGGCAUGGGGGAGGAUCUCUUCUGGGCCAUCCGAGGCGGCGGCGGUGGGAGCUUCGGCUUCGUGCUCUCGUGGAAAGUCCAGCUCCUGCGGGUCCCGCCGACGGUGACGGUGGUCAACAUCGGAAGGACGGUCGACCAGGGCGCCGUGGACAUCCUCACUAGAUGGCAGCACGUCGCGCCAUCGCUCCCGAGCGACCUCACCAUAAGGGUGAUCGUAAAGCAGGGGCAGCAGGCUCUCUUCCAGGCACUUUACCUCGGCUCAUGCGGCGCGCUGGUGGCGACGAUGGACGAGCAGUUCCCGGAGCUCGGCAUGACGAGCGCCGACUGCCAGCCGAUGACCUGGCUGCAGUCCGCGGCCACGCCCUUCCUCAGCUUCGCCAGCAACGGCACGCUGGAGGAAGUGCUCUUGGACAGGACCGCCUGGACGAGCGCCUUCACCAAGGCCAAGUCCGACUACGUCCGACGCGCCAUCCCCAGGGCCGUAUGGAAGGACAUCUUCUCCCGCUGGUUCCCAAUGGACGGCUCGGGGCAGAUCAUCCUGGAGCCCCACGGCGGGUUCAUGGACAGCGUCUCCGCCGCCGCCACGCCAUACCCGCACCGGAACGGCGUGCUGUACGUCGUCCAGUACAUUGCAUACUGGGAUCAGCAGGGUGACUGCGGCGCGGCGGCCAAGAGCUGGAUCGACACCUUAUACGACUUCAUGGGGCAGAACGUGAGCAAGAACCCGAGGCGGGCGUACGUGAACUUCCGAGACCUGGACAUCGGCCAGAACGACGACGACGGCACCUUCGAGAGCGGCAAGGUCUGGGGCGAGCGGUACUUCGUGGGGAACUACCGGAGGCUCGCAUCGGUGAAAGCCGCCGUGGAUCCGACCAACUAUUUCAGGAACGAGCAGAGCAUCCCGCCGCUGAUCGAGACGAUGACGACGCAAGUGAUCUAGCAGAGCUGCAUGCAUGUGCGUGUAAGACAAUAAGUUUUGGGGAACCAGCACAACCCUCUAGGGGUGGCUUAUCUCAUUAUAUAUAAUGGUUGUGUUACAAUA